AGGAGGAGUCGGGGCUGCUGCUGCUGCGCCUGCGCCAAGGCCCCGGGACGCGCCGAGCCGAGCCGGGGGAUGCUGGAGGCCGAGCGGCCUGUGGACGGCAACCGGGACCCGGGGCAGCGCAGAGGCCGAGGAGCGGAGCGGGACUGAGAGAGCGGAGCGGAGCGAGGGAACCAUGGAGCCGCCGUGGAGUGCGCUGCUGGCUCUGGUACUGUUGGCUGCCCCAGCCUGGGCCGAGGAUCCCAGCCCAGCGGAGCACUGGUCUGAUUUCUGGGCGGUUCGCUUCAUCAUUAACCUGGCCGGUUACGCUACCAUCCUCCUGCCCGGAUAUCUGCUGGUGAAGUACUUCAAACGGACAAAUUACCUGGAGAGAGAGGUUACUGUGGAAAUUGACGAGGGUAAAGCAGUGGAUGUUGGCUAUAUGGACUUUGGUCGAGGGUUUUGUUUUCCAGUUAUAAGCGUCUGUGUGUUCGGCCACGAGGUGAAAACUGGACUGCCGGAGGAACACAGUCCCGGCGUGCGGACGGAGCCGGCAGAAUCCUCUCCCACCAAGCAGACGUUGAGGUUGCUGGCCUGUGCCCUGGGACUGCAGGUGUCCUACCUGACGUGGGGGGUGCUGCAGGAGCGGGUGAUGACUCGCACCUACGGGAAGACAGACACGGACCCCGGCGUGAAGUUCCGCGACUCUCAGUUCCUGGUCUUCAUGAACCGUAUCCUGGCGGUGACGGUGGCGGCCGUGUGCUGCGCAAUGACCAAGCAGCCCCGGCACGGCGCGCCCAUGUACAAGUACUCCUUUGCCUCGCUCUCCAACAUCCUCAGCAGCUGGUGCCAGUACGAGGCCCUCAAGUUCAUCAGCUUCCCCACCCAGGUGCUGGCCAAGGCCUCCAAGGUCAUCCCCGUCAUGCUGAUGGGCAAGCUGGUGUCGCACAAGAGCUACGAGUACUGGGAGUACCUGACCGCGGUGCUCAUCUCCUUCGGGGUCAGCGUCUUCCUGCUGAGCAGUGGCCAGGACCACCGGACCUCCUCCAUCACCACCUUCUCCGGCGUGGUCAUCCUGGCCGGCUACAUCCUCUUCGACAGCUUCACCUCCAACUGGCAGGACGCGCUCUUCACCUACAAGAUGUCGCCGUUGCAGAUGAUGUUUGGCGUCAACCUCUUCUCCUGCCUUUUCACGGUGGGCUCGCUGCUGGAGCAGGGGGCUCUCUUCCAGUCGGUGGCCUUCAUGGCUCGGCACCCUGAGUUUGGCAUGCACGCCGCCCUGCUCUCUGUGUGCUCCGCCUGCGGCCAGCUCUUCAUCUUCUACACCAUCCGGCAUUUUGGGGCGGCCGCCUUCACCAUCAUCAUGACGCUGCGCCAGGCGCUGGCCAUCCUGCUGUCCUGCCUGCUCUACGGGCACGCCAUCACCCUGCUGGGGGCGCUGGGGGUGGCCACCGUCUUCCUCGCCCUCUUCCUCCGCGUCUACGCCCGCACACGCGUCCGCGCCAAGAAGCGGCCCGUGCAGGGAGAGCCGGCCGUGCAGAGGGUGUAGCCGUGACCCCGACCCACCCACACACGGACGGACGGACAGACAGGCGGGUGGGCAGGGCUCGGGUAUCCGCAGCAAACACUGGGACCAGCUGGGGGGGGGGGGGGGGGGGGGCAGAAUCGAAAUGACAUGCAACCACAGGCACCCGUACCCAGGCCUGUGCUGUACACUGCCUGCACAAGUCCUGCACAUUAGUGCGAGGGAAAGUGCGUUUGUAAUACAGUGCAGAAACCAGCCCUUCAACCAACUCAACCAUGCCGACCAGGGCUUUACAGCUGAGCUAAUCCCAUCUACCUGCACUUGGUCCAUAUCUCUCUGAACAUUUCCCUUCUAUUCACCUGUCUAAAGUAUUGUAAGCAUUGCUAUUGACCCCCACCCCACCACACAUACAGCUUCCCUUGACAGCUUGUUCCAUGUGUGUACCACCCUCUGUGUGAAGCAUUACUGCUCAGGUCCCCUUUAGGUCUUUCCCCCCCUCACCUUAAACCUAUCUAUUUUAGUUCUAGACCUCACACUGGGAACAAGACUGUGACCAUUUAUCUUACUUUUGCUUCUCGUGACUUUUGUAUCCUCGUAUAAGGUCAUCCUUCGAUCCCACACUCCAGCCUCUCCUUUAGCUCGAGUCCUAGUAACAUCCUGAUAGCUUAUUGCACCCUUUCCAGCUUGGGUUGUGUGUGUGUGUGUAUAAUAUAUAGUUUAGUUUUGUUUAUUGUCGCAUGUACCAAGGCGCAGUGAAAAAGCUUUUUUGUUGGGUGCAUACGUAUAUAGGCAGAGGGACCACCGUUCACAUAAAAGAUGUGUGUAUGUGUGUGUGUGUGUGUGUGUGUGUGUGAGAGAGAGAGAAAUAGGUGGUGUGUGUGCAGGAUUUGUGUCUACAUAAUAUAUGCAGUGUGUGUGUUUGCACGGUUGAGGUGUGUGCAAGUAGUGCAGACACAUAGGUGUGCAUGUAGUAUUGAAACAUAGGUACGUGUCUUAUGCCCAUCCAUGUACGUUGGUCUGUGGUCCAUUGGUCCAGGGGUGGUGUUGGAGUGGCUGCCCUGGCUGGGUGUUGGUGAGGUCGGGGUUGCCCUGAAUUGGUGCCCACAGUUGUACUGGUGUAGUUGUCCCGGGUUCAAUGUCCUCGGUUUGGGGUUACGUGUAGUUCCCCAAGUUGGGUGUCCUUAGUUGGGGAUGGGUGUAGUUGCCCUGGUUGGGUGUUGAUAGUAAGGGUUACCUACCCCUGGCUGGGUAUCCUCAGUGGGGCUUGGGAUUGCCCCGCUCAGUGUCCUCAGUUGGGGUUAAGUGUAGUUGCCGCUGCUGCUGAAUGUCCUUGGUUGGGUGUCAAUGGUUUGGGUUGCCCCGGCUGGUUAUCCUCAUUUGAGACAGACACAAAAUGCUGGAGUAACUCAGCGGGUCAGGCAGCAUCUCUGGAGAAAAGGAAUAGGUGACGUUUCAGGUUGAGACCCUUCUUCAGACUGAGUCCCAAGAAGGGUCUCAGCCCCGCCUAUCAUCAGUUGGGGUUGGGAUUGCCCUGGUUUGGUGUCAUUGGUUGAUGUAGUUGCCUCUGGUGAAUGUCCUUGGCUGGGGUUGGUGUCAAUGCCCGGGUUGGUGCCAAUGCCCGGGUUGGGUGUCGAUGGGAAGGGUUGCCAUGGGUGGGUGGGUGGGUUGAUGCGGUUGUGACUGGGUGUCCACCAUUGUCAGUCCGGGCUGUGACUUUCCUCACACAGGGUCAGUGACUCGGGGCCUGCAUUUGAUCAGAGAGAAGUCAGUGCUUGCCUCUAUCCCCAGCCUCUUGUUCUCUCCCCCCCCCCUCGCUGUAUCCUGGCCUGCUUUGUUCCUGUGGUCUAACCCCGGCCCACUCCCAGUCUGAAGCACUCCACGUGGUUUUACCAGGGCUUUGUGAAGCCCUUUUUAUAUCUGUCCCUCCGAACACUGGCUGGCGUUCCAGGGCUGCUGUGCGUAGUUUUUGUACCUGACUGCUUUCUUUUUAGUGGAGUGUGUGAUGGACACUGACACUCUGCUGUGCCUGGGUGAGGAGCAUUGCUUGGCAAGUGGGUGAGGCUAGGCUCGUGCCAGCAUCGGGCUGCAGAGGUGACAAAUUGAUUAUCACUAAUAAAAUAUUUUGGGCGAU